CGACGCGUGUGGGUGCAGCAAGAGCACGCGAUGGCUUCUCAUGACCCGACGUUUGUUCUCGGUCGAUUGAGCUUCUCAUUGCUGAACUUCCUGCUAGACACUACAAUGCUUUACGAAGAAGCAUCGAAACGACUCUUGCCGUUCCAGCAUCUCGAGAUCAUGGACACACAUAUGAGUGUCCCACUCCGCGGGGUCCUGAGGCAGCUGAAGGGCAUCCAGACAGUCGUCGGAAACCGAGGCAACGAGCUGCUGCGGAAGAGUUCACACGGGUUCCAGACCCCGUCUACAUUGCUCAGGGAGAGUGCGCUGCUGUGCUGCACUGAUGCACGGGACCGCAUUUACGGCAUGCGGGUGUUUCUCGAUCCCGUCGCGCAGCGAGCCUUUUAUCCCAACUAUAAGCUAAGUCAUCGGCGUGUCUUUGAGGAGCUAUCUGCGUGGGUUCUCGUCAUGGACAACUGCGUGGACAUCUACUGCUGGUACCCAUACAAAUUGCCACAACCUGCGCCGUCCUGGGUGCCGGACUUUUCCCGCCCGGCAGAGACUAUGGACUAUGAGGGCUCGGCCACUCAAGGUGGCAGUCCGGAUGAGGUUGUCGCUAUUCACGGUGGAAUCUUGGCGAUUGAGGGUUACGCCUAUGACGUGGUCGAGGACGUAGUCUGCCUCGACGAAGAUGACUCAUGGCCACAGAUGGCGUCCAAGAUAUGGCAGGCAGAUUGUCUCCACGCGGUGCUCCCGUCUCGUACGCAGCAGAAGAGCAUGUCUCCCUUCCUCUGCGAAUUGCACAAGAUGCACCAGGAGUCCUCCAUCCACCCUCCCGGUAUGCAGCGCGACAAUAUGCCCCAUCUCCUGCGUAACAAGCAGAAUACGAACUCGUUGUGCUGGUGGGCAGACUGCGUGCCCGUCAGGACAAUGUCAAUAGCUGACGUCCUCGGCCUCGACACAAGCUCCAUCGUCGAUGCCAUGAACAUUGCCUUCGGCCCGGUGCUGGAGUACGUCAACAACCAGCUUGAGGAGCACGCGCUGCCCAAAGGAACCUCAGAGAAGAUGCCAGAGAGCGACGAGGGCUGGACUCAGGCAUGGCAGUCGAUAAAAUACCGUCUGAUCAUGUUGCAGUUUGUUGUCGUGAAGAAUUCGCAAGAAGCCGCAUUCGUCGGACCAGCACUCUUUGAUUUCGAAAAUCUUCGACAGAGCCUCGAAGCCCUCGCUCUCCCUAGCCGCGACUAUGAGCUUCCCCGAGACGAGAUCCUUAGCUUUCAAGAGCAGCUGCGGAGUCUGGCCUUGUCAGUUGCAGUAUGGGAAGAUUGUAUCGAGAACCGCAGCUUCGGCGAUGGCAUGCGACUGCCGGGCUUCGAGACAGACUUGAGCGUGGUACAAAAUGCGGUUGUUGAUGCAGCCUGCGAACAGGAGGUCCGGCUGAGGGCGAGAAUCGUCCUCGCAACGGCGCUUGAAGUCCGCAGACGUGCAAAGGCCUCGCUUGAGGGCAGCACGAGUCAGACCCGGGCACAAGGUCUUGUGGCUGACUUUGAUCCCGGGCCAGGCACUCGGCCUCUCCAAGCACUGGCUGCCAAGCUCGUAGACUUUCACAGAGAUUUGGAGCAAGCGGGAUCCGUCACAGCGCCAUUAACGGUGUCAGAAGGGCUUUUCGACCCAUUCGACCACCCAGUCGCCCGAGCCAACGGGGUUACACUUGCUGGCCUGUCAAUCCAUGCAGACAAGCGACUGGAUACCUCUAGUGAUCAAGCCACCGCGGCAAAGACGGAUCGUAGUCUAGCAUCAACAGGAAAGGAUGUCAGCAGAAGGACUGAGCAUCCUCCCGGCGAAGCCGACAACACGAUAACCACGACCGAAGGCGAAGCCAUAAUGAAACGAUGGAUUGCCAAUUUCAUCGACUCCAUCCCCGAAUCCCUCAAGACGAGCUUCCCACGGCACGGGCAGCCGACAUCCGCGGUCGUCCGCAAGGGCUUCGAAACCGCCUUCCGUGGCAAGACAGUGCUGACCACACGCCAUGGGUUCGUCGGCAUGGGCCUCGAAGGCGUUACGGAUAUCAGGACUGGUGAUGAGAUAGUAGUCCUGAGAGGGGCACGGUAUCCUCUAAUCCUUCGCAGGAUGGGGAAACAGGAACGUGGCGUGCGUCAAAGCGCGGAGGAGGCAAGUGUCCCGACAAGUCCCCAAGACGGCGCAAUUUCUCAAGCCGAAGAUGGGUGUUCUGAUUCGGAUGUUAAAAAUGUUUAUUAUACGAUGGUUGGGUUUGCAAAUAUACGAGGGCACUCGCUCCAGGGGUUUCAGACGCUUAACAAAAAGGCUCUACCGAAGAAGACGACUUAUAGAAUUAUAUAGAUC